CUGUCUUUGUUUAUGUCUCGGGUUGGAACAAAUUACUAUAAUUCGUCCCCGUCUACGGAUCAGACGACAUUUUUCACAAAUUUUACGAACAGAGGCCCUUAUUUUCAUAUUUGUCAUUCCUUAACUUAA